GGACGAUACAUAACUAGUCACAAGUGAGUGCAGCCGUAUCUCCUCAUCUCCAGCACAGCAUCGGCAACGAGGUUCAGUACCUCUCUCGGUCCUCUUCCUCCUCCUCCUCCUCCUCCUCCUCCUCCUACUACUAAUGACAUAUCGUUACCGGUAUCAACAUGACGGGCACAGUCAUUCUCGGUGCCGGCGUUAUAGGCACUUCAACAGCCUAUUAUCUAUCCCAGUCGCCACAACAUGCAAGAGACUCCAUCCACCUCAUCGAUCCGUGUCCAGAGCUGUUCGCUUCAGCAUCUGGCAAGGCAGGAGGCUUCCUUGCUGAAGAUUGGUUCGAUCCUGCGACUGCAGAACUGGGAGAGUUGAGUUUCAGACUACACCGAGAGUUGGCUGAGGAGUAUGACGGAAAGAAACACUGGGGUUAUAGCCGUAGCACUGCAAGCUCUGUGACGGUGAUCGCUGCACCAGGGAAGAAAAAGAAGAGAAAGUCAUGGUUGGAGCAUGGGGGCAGCAGGGCGGCAGUUGCCACGGCAGAUCUGGUAGAGCACUAUACCGAUGGGAGUGGUCCAGGCUGGAUGAGGAAGUGGGAGGGCAACAGAGUGGAAACUAUCAGCGAAGAUCGUGGCGUGGCGCAAGUUGAUCCCAAGAGGUUGUGUGAAUUUUUGUUGGAAAAGAGUCUACAAAGAGGUGUGCAACUGCAUCAGCCUGCGAGGGCGAUCAAAAUCUCAAGAGACGAUGGAGGACUGCUAAAUGGUGUGGUGAUGCGUGGAGCUGAUGGAUCGGAACAGAUUUUGCCAUGUAAACGGCUACUCAUCACCGCCGGAGCCUGGACUUCUCGAGUCUUUGCUGAACUCUUCCCCGAAUCGUCGGUACAGAUACCAGUGAGCCAGCUAGCAGGAUAUAGCCUCGUCGUACGAUCUCCACGCUGGACUGCAGAACAUGAAGCUGAUGGAUGCCAUGCGGUAUUUGCAAGUACUUCGGAUGCCUGGUCACCUGAGAUGUUCAGCCGAUCUGGCGAGGAGAUUUAUAUUGCUGGUCUCAACUCUUCCACUACACCACUACCAGCCCUGCCCACAGACGCGGAGACAGACCCUGCUGCCGUCGAAGAGGUACGGCGAGUGACAGAGCAGAUGAUUGGCACAGACUUCGCAGUCGUGCGAGAAGGCUUAUGCUUCAGACCGGUGACGAGGAGUGGCAAUCCCAUAUUGGCUCAAAUCUCAGAUGACAAGUUAGGAGCUGGUGUCAUGGAAUCUGGAGGCGUCUUCGUUUGUGCUGGACAUGGUCCAUGGGGCAUCAGUCUCAGCUUGGGCACUGGAAAGAUCGUUUCCGAAAUACUAACGAACGAAAGACUUAGUUGUAACGUCAGCAGGCUAGGACUGCACUAAUGAUCGAAUGGCUAUACCACACCAAGCGAACCUGAGUCUUUCUCCUGGUAUGCAACUUCUCGCAACGGUCCGGCUCCUGGCAAGAACGGAAGUGGAUCGUGCUAGGAGGUACUCUUGACUUGACAACCGACGGAGAUGUCUCUCCAUCACUUUCCAGUGAGUGGCUUUCCAAGGCAGUGACUUGUUUGCUUUGCACAGUCACCACAGUGUACUUGGUCUAGUGUACCACUUUCGCCUUGAUUGCCAUCAGCUCUCAUCGCACCGCGCGAGGUCUACGGACAUGGCGAAUCACACUCAGCACAUGAAGGCUGCUUCGAGCCCUAUUGGUUCCCUAACUUUACUGCUGAUUUACUCAGCCACGUCGACGAGAAGCACUGGUAAGGAAUAGAAGGUCGUUUGCAACGCUACCUCCUAUAGGGAUCAUGGGCUUCGACAUUCCGCACGCCACUAUUGGCUUACACCUUUGAGCAUAUGUAUGCUUGUCUCGGUCAGGCGAGUCUCGAAUUAUUCGAACGCCUGCGACUAGGACUCCUUAAGCAUCAAAGAGCUCUCGGUUGCACGGCGCGGGUUACACGAAUGCGAAGCAUACUGGGGAAGCUAAACACUGGCGCGAGGCCGAGCCACAAAUAUCGCGGCAAGUACCGUUCCAUGAGCUAAGACAACUCGGCUCGAGAUUCUGAUGCUGAUGAAGAAGCUGUCAUCGAAGCUUUUCCACCUUGCGAAUACUCUGGAAGUGGUGGCCAUCCUCGUGCCAUUACGAAGUAGUUGACCCAAGAUUACCUGUUUACUGUCUCAUACCUACCACCUAGACUGGCCGGAAAUAUCUUGCGGGGUUGUCUGUUGCUGAGAGUGAGAACUUGGCGAGCUAGGUGGUUCUGUUUGGAGUGAUGUUUCCAGGUCGACACGAUGUCCAACGCUGAAAUGACUUCGAAGCGAAUAUACGUGCAUUACUGCGUAUGCCGUCAGGCGUCAGCUACCGACCAUCCUAGGAGAAGGACCUUGCACCUCCAGACCACAAGGCCACUCCAUACCAAGACGGACGGACACACUAGGGUCCGUCGCACGUGUCUGCGCUCCACCCUUGAGGCUUGAGCGUGUUCAACCAGGACGACACCUGCUGUUGCUUGAACCGGUCUAGCCGAAGCUUGCUCCCUAUGACUUCCGAGCUGCUAGGGGCAUGGCAUUUUACAAGGUGGACGGGGCAAUACGAAACUGUCUGCAUUUUUUGCUUUCCACGUUAUGUGAUCAGUGAUCCAGCAGUAAUCUAUACCAUUACUGUUGCUAAGUUGAUACUAGGCAUUGAAACUCUAAGUGCACCACGGGCCGGUCGGCCGGCUUGUCUGCGAGAACGAUACAGAGAAGCUUUUACAGAGAUGAAGCGCUCGUGUUGGUGUGACUACCUGAGUAUACUGAUCGAAUGCAUGCGACGCUUCGAAGCACAUUUUUGAUCCUUCUGCGCGCGUUCCGAAGUUCUCAAUACUUAAUCAAUAC